GUUGUUGAAACAGAAGAGAGAAGAAGAAGAAGAGGAAGAGGGCAUAGCUACACCUACAGGAAAGGAAACUGAUUGACCAGAGAGUGACGAUGGGACUGAAGGUGUUGUCGGCGCUGGACACGGCGAAAACACAAUACUACCACUUCAAGGCCAUCAUCAUCGCCGGCAUGGGUCUCUUCACCGACGCUUACGACCUUUUCUGUAUUGCUCCCGUCAUGAAACUCAUCGGACACAUCUACUACUCCCGCCCGGGAACUGCCAAUUCCGGCGUCACUCCCCCUUCCGUCGUUUCAAUAAUGGUGUCCAUCGCCCUCCUCGGCACCGUAAUCGGUAAACUCGUCUUCGGCAGACUCGGUGACCUGGUUGGCCGGAGGCGGGUCUACGGUUUGGCUCUCAUACUCAUGGUGUCCAGCUCCGUGGGUUGCGGAUUUUCAAUCUGCCGUACCAAGAAAUGCGUUCUUACCAGUCUCUGCUUCUUUCGCUUCUGGCUCGGUGUCGGUAUCGGUGGCGAUUACCCUCUCUCCGCCACUAUAAUGUCGGAGUUCGCCAAUAAACGCACACGUGGCUCUUUCAUCGCCGCCGUUUUCUGCAUGCAAGGGUUUGGGAUCCUUACCAGCUCCGCCGUCACCAUGGCCGUCUGUGCUAUUUUCAACCGGGUCUCCGGUUGGCCCGAUCCGAAAAGACCGACUCCCGACGAGGCCGAUCUCGCGUGGCGAUUGAUUCUCAUGAUCGGAGCCAUCCCUGCGGCGAUGACUUACUAUUGGCGGAUGAUGAUGCCCGAAACUGCCAGAUAUACCGCAUUGGUGGAGCAAAAUAUUUGUCAAGCUGUGAAAGAUAUGGAGAAAGUUUUGGACGUACCUGUAAAUGAGAUCAAAGAAGAUAAUGAUCUGGUCCUACCAGACCCACCAUCUUAUGGCCUUUUCUCCAAGAUAUUCUUUCAACGCCAUGGUCGAGAUCUAUUUGCUUGUGCUAUCACAUGGUUCCUCAUAGAUGUUGUUUUCUACUGUAACAAUCUUUUCCAGUCUCAGAUUUACAGCCAUUCUCUCCCCGAAAAGAAAACUGUCAAUUCCUACCAAGAAGCAUUCCAUGUUGCGAAGCUUCAAGCUAUUAUCGCAAUUUGCUCUACAAUACCUGGAUAUUGGGCUACCGUUGCCUUGAUUGAUCGUGUUGGUAGAGUCAAAAUACAAAUGAUGGGUUUCUUCUGUGUUUCUCUCUGCUUAUUUGCUGUUGGGAUUUCUUAUGAUAAGUACUGGAAAACUGAUCCCAAUGCAGGAUUCUUGAUCCUCUAUGGACUCAUCUUCUUCUUCUCUAACUUUGGGCCUAAUACCACCACCUUCAUCAUACCUGCAGAGCUCUUUCCGGCAAGAUUCCGGUCGACGUGUCACGGAAUAUCAGGUGCCGCCGGUAAGGUCGGAGCAAUUAUAGGGUCGGUAGGGUUUUUAUGGGCAUCACAGGAAAAGCAUAAGCGUGAUGUGGAGUAUGGAUAUCAUGAAGGGAUUGGAAUGAUGAAAACUUUGAUGCUUCUUGGUGUAAUAGGUUUGGUUGGGAUGAUUUUGACCUUUUUCUUCACUCGUGAAACUAUGGGAAGAUCAUUAGAAGAGAAUGAGAGGGAAGAAGGAUCUGAUCAUGAUGGGACUUUGUGGAGAUCUUUAACAAACUACACCAAACAGUACUCUCAUACAACUCCAAGUGCAAUUGCUGCUGCUACAUAG